AAUGUUACCGAUUCUACUACCGAUCUUAAUCCAAUGUGAAAUUAUAUAUCCAAUCUGAGUUGUAAUCAGAAAACACCAACUAAACCUGAAGAAACCCAUUAUUGAUUCAGAACCAUAACUUCUUUAAACUGAAUUAAUUGAUUCAUGUAUUGGAAAGGUUUUAUCUUAUUAGGAGAUCACUAUUGCGUGUGCCUAGUGACCCAACCAGUGCCCAAACCAAUUACCAGCCACAAAAUGACCAUAUUAUAUUAGUUGAAAACGAAAAAGGAAUUCUAGAGACACGUGUCCAAUUCAAAAAUGCUAAUCUGUAUGAAUCUAGCGGUGGCAAUUCCUCGAAACAGAAUACGCAUUUCCACUAUCAAAUCUGUUCAAUCUCAAGAUUCUCAACCCAUGGAUCACCCGAAGAGAGUGGUUGUUUGCGGCGGCGGAGUCAUCGGCGUUUGCACUGCUUACUUUCUCACCAAGAAAGGUGCCUCCGUCACACUCAUCGAGAAAUCCACCAUCGCCUGUGCCGCUUCCGGUAAAGCCGGUGGAUUUCUCGCUUUAGAUUGGUGUGACGGAGGCCCAGUUGAACACCUUGCUCGUGCAAGCUUCAAUCUGCACCGUUCACUCUCUCAAGAGCUUAACGGUACAGAAGCAUACGGUUAUCGAUCACUCACCGCUCUCAGCCUCACCGUAGCUGAAGAAUCAAAAACCACUGUUUCUUCCUCCUCGUCAGCUACUUUGCCAUCUUGGAUUGAUGGGCCGACCCAUGGGCCUAAAACAAUUGGAACACACGAAACUACUGCGCAGGUGCAUCCGCAACUGUUUACGCGGACACUGAUUGAGAACGCUGUGGAGAAGUACGGUGUGAAAGUCGUGAUUGGGAAAUUGGAGAGGUUGGUGGUGGAAGGAGGAAAAGUUGAAUCAGUGAUUCUAGAAAGUGGGGGUGUUGUGGAUGCGGAUGCGGUGGUUUUAGCAUUGGGUCCUUGGUCUAAUAAGUUGGAGUUGUUGUCUUCAAGGUUUAGAGUUUCUGGGCUUAAGGCCCAUAGUAUUGUUUUGGAGCCCAAAGAAGCUAAUGCUAUAACGCAACAUGCUCUUUUUCUUAGCUACCGUGCUUCCAAUCGAAGGACACCUCUUGACCCAGAAGUGUACCCUCGCCCUACAGGAGAGGUAUAUGUGUGUGGGAUGUCAAAGGAGGAAGAGGUACCUGAUGAUCCAGAGGAGAUAAGGGGUAACGAAGAAUCAAUUGCGAUGCUGAAGAGGGUAGCUAAGACCGUAUCAAGCCAUCUCGGGGAAGAAGGAGUGAAGGUGGAGCAAGCGUGCUUUUUGCCAUGUACCGAUGAUGGCGUGCCGAUUAUAGGAGAGGUUCCUGGUGUGAAAGGUUGCUAUGUAGCGACAGGACAUAGUUGCUGGGGUAUUCUCAAUGGCCCUGCCACUGGAGCUGCUGUUGCUGAGCUUGUACUUGAUGGUCAUUCCACCAUUGUUGAUCUUAAACGGUUUAGUCCUGCUAGAUUUGUUGGGCGUACCAAGGCUUAGUCACUCUUGGUACAUGGUGUGGCAGGACUCUUUUCAAGUGUUGCUUAUUUGUAACUUUUUAUGAUGUAUAUAUUAAUAUAAUUGUUGGAUUAGCAAAAAUAAAGUGUGUGAGCCUUAGUUGAUUAACUAGGCUAUUUACCAAAUCAAACUUAGCGUGUGAGCCUUA